AUGACCAGUGUGGCCGAGGCCACCAGCAACUCCACAUAUGGUGACCUGACUCCAAGCAGCUCUAGGGACAGCACCACCGGGAGCUCCCAAAGUCGGGCCCUGGUACUUCCAUAUGUCCCAGCAGCAAGCACUGUUGCAGCGUCCAAUGAACAUCUUGUAAACCAGGCCUCAGUGGAACCAGAGACCUUGGAGGCCACACCAGCUUCUGAGGACAGGGAGGAGCAUGACACUGCUGCAGAACCUGACCAGGAACCUGGAGAAGCCACAACCACAAAGGACCUGCCAAGCUAUGAGACCCUCCAGGAUGCAGAGGGUGCCAAGCUGGUGCAAGAUUCAACAGUGACUCAGAGUCCUCAGACUCCACAACAAGACUCUCUGUCUGAGAAAGACACACCACAACAGCAGAGUGUCCCAGACAGCAAACCGGAAGCAACUCCCUCUGCCCUGCGUACUGUGGAAAGGGAACCGGAAGUGCCUCCAUCUCCUAGCACAAAGCUGCAGAAACCGGAAAUAAUUCUGUCUCCUCCUAGUACUGAGCACAGGGAACCAGAAGCAACUCCAUCUCUUAGUGCCAAGCUGCAGGACCCGAAGGUAAUUCUGUCACCUCCUCGUACUGAGCAGGAGGAACCAGAAGCAGCUCCACCUCUUAGCACCAAGCUGCAGAAACCGGAAAUAAUCCUGUUUCCUCCUAGUAGUACUGAGCAGGAGGAACCGGAAGUACCUUCAUUUGCCCCAAGCACUGAAGAACAGUCCCCGCAAAAUGCCAUCAUGUACCCCAUGGUCAGUAACAGUCACCUUGAUGCCCGGGCUGCUGACACCCCUGAGACCCAGAAACCCAAAGGUCCAGAGGCCUUGAACCCAGACCUUAAAGCUUGGUCGCCAGGCAUGUCUCAGGCAGUGACCCAUGGUGAUCUGGACUCAGAAGACCGGGAAGCCAACUUGCUCCUUCGCUCCCCAAGAGGCAGUGCCUCCCACUUGCUUGUUCCGCAGGAGAUGCAGGGCUGGAGGCGCGUGGACUCCUCCGUGUACUGCGCCGACACGGAAAUCGACUACAUGCGCUCGGUGACCAGCCUGCUGGGCGGUGGCGAGGCAGCCAUGAGCUCCCUGGCUGACAUCCUGGCAUGGUCCGAGAACUCCUUGGACGUGGCUACCGGGCUCCUAGAGUCAGGCAGUGGCCACUUCAGCAACAUGCUGCGCAUUGCGGGGCCCAGACUGCGUUCGGUCUCCAGCAUCCUAGGCAUUGACAGCAGCGGCUUGAGGACCCGCCUGGAGCAGAUGCCCAGUGCCACCUUGCGCUCCCUGCACUCGUUAACCAACGUGCUGGAGGCGGCAGAGCAGAGGACCUUGGAGGGCAUCCGCUGGGCCUUGCGAUUUCUGGCCGCCCACAUUAUCCCACGGCUGGUCCAUGCAGCCCCCAACUUUAGUUAGGCCCUAUUCAAGGGGGUGCGGCUCUGCAGCCUCCCAGACGCCUGCGGCCCUGGCCAGCCCUUCCCAGACUGAGCAAUAAAUCACCAGCCAGCAUUUAUCUCCUAA